AUGCUUCGCAGUGAUGUCCAGUCCGUGUGUCCUGAUCGACAUUACAUGGCUAUGACAUCUGCGGAAACUGAUGAUGGUGCUCCGAAGGUGGAGGAAGUUGAUGAUAACCCACAAAUUACGCGGAGGUGGAACACUGUCAACUUCGUGGAAAACGUCAGAAUUGGCGCUAUCAAAGGACAUCUAGGAGAUCCCCACGAUGACAUCUUUCGCAUAGGCAGAGGGAAACCCAUGGCUGUACAUCAGAAAGAUAUUCUUGGUCAUACCGGAUGCGUCAAUGCGGUGGAAUUCAACAAAACGGAAACAUUACUAGCCAGCGGUGGCGAUGAUAUGCGUGUUUUUGUAUGGCGUGUGGCGGAUUUGAUCCUGGAAGAAGCGCCGAAACCUGCCAUAAUUAUGGAGCGGUGCCACCAUUCCAAUAUCUUCUGCUAUCAAUUUUCUAUCGAUGGCGCGGAGCUGUUCUCUGGUGGGAAUGAUGGAGUUGUCAUACGUCAUGACGUUGCCACUCACAAUCCUCUCAGUGUGCAUGAAGAUCGGCAUCCAGUCUACAGUAUCUCUGCCAACCCUAUUGAUGUCAAUGUUGUUGCGGCAUCACGAGAGAGUGGCAUUGUAUCAUUCUACGAUCGCAGAGAAAGUAAGGAAGGAUCAUUUUGUCUCAUCGAUGAAGGACAACUUUUUCGCGGUCAGUACAAUCCAGCGAAUGCUCUCUUCUUUGCAACAGCAUCCAAUCGUGGUGUACGUCUCUAUGAUCUUCGCAAUCGCCGGAAACCUUUACUCGAUCUGAGAACGUUUGUCAAGGAGGCAAUAUAUGUAGAAUGGAAUUCGACGGGAACGGCACUUGCAGCUUUGCAAUCCCACUCUGAUCCCUCUUAUAUCGAUCUUUCAACUCACACCUGCGUAGAACUAAAAGAUCCGGAGUACAGUAAUGUACAUACCAUUAAAUCGGUCACCUUCAUGGAUGACACUACAGUAAUGACCGGAAGCGACGACUUCAACAUUUAUGCAUGGAAAGUGCCUGAAACCAUUGGAUCGACAGAUGAAAAAGGCAGCGUUCUCAAAGCAGACUUUGUUCUGAAAGGCCAUCGAUCCAUCGUGAAUCAUGUCCGGUAUAGCCCUUCGAAUAGGAUCAUCACUUCGUGUGGAGUGGAAAAGAUCGUGAAGGUCUGGAGCUCAUUGCCUAUUCCUCACUCUUAUGAUAAACCUCGCAUUCGAGUCAAGAAAGCCUUCUUGCCUGAGCUGAGCUUCGACGAAGGUUUGGUAGCUGAUGAUACAGCAGAGGACCUCAAUAUGCUAAACUACUUUGAUCAGCUGGAUAACAUAGCAAGAUUGCAUGCUGACGACUCUCCUGAUGAGGAGGAAGUUGAUAACUACGUUGUGAAUGUCGACCUUGAAGGACUUCGUGCACAUCUGAUGGGCUUGGAGGCGUCCGACGAAGGCAGCGCAUCCGACGACAACGAUGACGACGAUGGUGAGCGUGGUGAAGGCGAAGAAGUGGUGAGAGAUGGCGAUGCAGAGGAUGAAGAGAGUUUGCGAGGCGCACUACGAGCUUUUCGGCGACGUCGAUGGCGAAUGAUUCGUAAUUCUGAACGGCCGUCGAUAGGUAGCGCUGAUGAGGCGUUGCCAUCAGUUUCUCGAGAUGCUGAAAAUGACAUUGAGGAGAGUGAACCGUCUAGUGAGGACGAGAGCGAGGGACCUCGAAAACGUGCGAAGAAGAAUACAGACUCCAGCGAUUCAUCAGACGAUGAUGAGUUUGUCCAUCAUAGGCGGCGUAUGCAUUUAUCUAUGGAAAUGCGAAAAUUUUUUGUAUGGGUAUUGUCAUGGCACAAAUUAGUGGUGACAGGAAUUCUACUCGAAAUACGACUGCUGCUUAGGCAUCGUUCUUUGACCAUAUUGGUUGUGUUAGUUUCUCAAUUAAGUUGUAAAUAGUUGUAUAAUUGUAAAUAGUCAAUGAUUCGUGUGGCUUUGAAGCAGUAUCAAAGCUUCUGAAGUCCUUUGUUCUGGAUCACAAUCAAAUCGGUGUCAUUGGAAGGAUACUGUGAUUUGCCGCUUAUCGGCCCUUCCCUUCUCACCUUCUUCCUCGAGGUUCCCUCAUGGAGAUUACCCUUUUUGUCUAUGAAAUCGUUAUCGAAACAUAGUUCUAUUUCAGAGAUUAACAAAUUCAUUUAGUAGAGAACACUAUUUGCAUUCCUAAUCUUUGCGCCAACAUAGUGAAUUUCGUUUUUGCUAGCAUGUUUUCGUAUUAAUGCACUGUCAAAGCAGUCGUGUUGGUUAGGAAGAAAUAAAUGAUUUUCAUU